CGUAGGCGGCUCUAUUGGAUUGCUGGAGCCAUUCUAAUUUCUAUCUCCUCUAUUUCUUUUUCUCUCUCCUCAUUUUUUUCGGCACAAAAAAAUUUCAGAUUGUUAAGUCAGAGGAGCAUAACGAGGAAAAAAGGGCGCAUUUGUUACAGUACGGAGAUUUCAUGGUGUUGUUAGUUUAGUGUACAAAAUUAUUCAUUUUUUUCCGCCAAAAAAUUUGGUUUUUGGGGAUUGAUUUCCAGCUUUAGAUAGGUCGAAUCUUAUUUUUUUCCGAAUUCCCAGAUUUGCUAUUCAUGUUGGCAUGAUACCAAUGAGAGUCAGUUGAUUUACUGAAUUUGGAACAUUAUAACUGAAUUCUUGGAGGUAGUUGAAUAGCUGGCUACCUAUAGAGCUGGUAUCUCUGAUUUAUGGAUGGAGAUGAAUAUGCGUUCUGCUUUACCAAUGCAGCCAUCAGGUGGGAAGUGUUUCAACGAAUUGACAGUUCCUGCAUCGUACUCUUCUCCUCUACCAGUUCUGACUAAUCCCUUAGAAGAUUUUCCAAAAUCACCCAACUCGUUCUUUGUACCAUCAUCCAGAGAAAUGAUUGCAAGCCCCUUACAGAUGCAGACUAACCCUAUUGUUUCUCACAUUGGGUCAUCCAGUAGUGAUUCUCCAUUUGUAGGGGGUUUCCCUGCAGAUCUCCACUUCCCCUCUUUCUCACCUCAUGAAACGCUGCCACAGCAUUCUCCUUUUAUUUCUCAGCCAGCAGGAGGCAGAGUGGACUUUCCACCAAAUCAUGGUACUGUAUCAGAUGCGCAGUCGGCUGGGUAUAUCAACUACCAAAAAGAUGAUGAUGACAAUUCUUGGAGUACCGGUCAACUUCAGGGUUUACUUGAUCUUCCUGAAGGUGUUUCUCUUGUUAAUGGUCAAGUGGGAAAUAGUAUAGAGGGGAUUUCGAGUGACAACCAUGUCAAGAAGAUUGGCUGGAGUGAUUUGGAUAUUUUUGCUGAUUCUAUAGAGCCUAACUGGAACGAACUUCUGGCUGAUUCAAAUGCAGUUGACCAGCAGCAAAAGAUGCCACAAGCCUCUUCUGAUGUAGUUGCACCUCAGCCACCAACUCAGCAGCAGCUUUCAUUACCAUCUAGAGAAGUGUCUGCUUCUACUAAUACAUCAUCUAGCACUCAAAAUAAGGCUCGCAUGCGCUGGACACCAGAACUUCAUGAAGCCUUUGUUGAUGCGGUGAAUCAUCUUGGUGGUAGUGAAAGAGCUACUCCAAAAGGCGUUCUCAAGCACAUGAAUGUUGAAGGCUUAACUAUCUAUCAUGUGAAAAGCCACCUGCAGAAAUAUAGGACUGCAAGGGUCAGGCCAGAAUCAUCAGAAGGAAAUUCAGAGAGGAAGUGCAGUUCCGUUGAGCAGGUGUCGUCUGUAGACUUGAAAACGAGUGUUACGAUUACCGAGGCAUUACGGAUGCAAAUGGAAGUUCAGAAGCAGCUCCAUGAACAGCUUGAGAUACAACGUAAACUGCAGUUGCAGAUUGAAGAACAGGGGAAGUACCUUCUACAAAUGCUUGAGAACCAGAAUAAGACUGAGAAGGAAAAAGUGAAGUCCGUGCCAUCAUCCACAGGUGAUGAUAUCUCCCCUCCGAAAGAUAAAUCAGAGGCCUCUGCCAGUGAUGCUGGCGGUUCUGGUUCUCCUCCUCUGAAGCGUCCCAGGACAGAUGAUUCGGUGCUUUAAUACAAGUUAUUAUCGGGUUCAUACUCUUUUUUGCAGUUCCUAGAUAUGACGUGGGUAUAUUUUAUAUAGCCGUUGGUUUGAGGGGCUGUAACUUAUUUGUGCCAAUGAUGAUAUACCCUCUGUUAGAAUGAAGUUUACCCUCUUACUCAAAAAUAGCGAAACUGAAAUGCUUCAGAUUGUCUUCUUUUCUAGGUUCCUGAUCUGUGAAAAAAAUUGUCAGGUUGAAUGUAAACUGAUAAAAUGGUGAUUAGUAUAACUUAGUUCAAAACUUCUAAUUACUGUACAUUACUGAUUCCGAUUCCGGCACGAAGUCUGAUUGAUUAGAUGACA